AUGUCUUCAGUAAACUUGUUAAUAAUGAAUGUAAAUAAAGACAAACAAACUCAAAAUAUUGAAGAUAAAUUGGUAAAGGAUUAUUUAUUCUUGUUUAAUAGUGAUUAUGCAAUAGUGCAAAAGAGUGCACAAGCAAAUUUUGAAGCAAACUUUGGUUAUAUGUCUGUGAACAUAUUGAAGUUUUUGUGUCAGAAGUUAGGUAUUUCUAAAACAGGUUCUAAGCAAGAACUGGUAGUUCAGUUGGUUGUUAAGAAUAAAAAAAGAAAAAUUUCUAGUGAGUUCUAUUCUAGAAAUGAAAAGAUAUCAAUUAAUAGUAGUACAACUGCAGCUGUCUUAGAUAAUUCUAGUGUGAAUUUUGAGUUAGAUAUUGUUUCUUUAGUAGUUCUACUGAUAGAAGAAUAG